AUGAGGAUUAUCGGUGUCUUGUUUACCGUUAUCCUUUUGUCUAUUCCAUCGUCGCGAUGUCUAUCACGCAUAGACGACGACGAUCCGCUCGAUUACCAACGCAGGGAUUGGAAUUUGUUAUCGACCAGGGCUGCCGUCGAACGAGUGCCUCUGCAGUUCGAAAGGUAAGAACAUUCAUUUAUUUGAACGACAAUCUAUAUGGUUUUUUUUUUUUCAAAUAUGUAUUAUGUAAUGUAUUUUCGUAUUAACUUGAAAACUGGUAUUGCAAUUUUGUAAAUGUCACUCAUGUUUACCAGGCACCACAAAAAUACUAUUUGAUUGUCCGAUAAAAAAUAAUAUGCUAAGGCUGGGUUGCAAAAACUUUCUGUAAAGACAUAUAAAACCAUAAGCGCAAUUAAAGAUUUGUAAACUAGAUUGGGUGUUGCUCGAACAUUCUGUAUUAUUUGCAGACCUGUAAUUUAAUUAUUUGCAGAUCUGGAACAGACUAUAAUUUACAGAAUAAAAUUCGUAUCUGUAACUCCUUGCAGAACAAUUCACAGAUCGAUGUUAUCAUUUUAUCAAUGUUAUUUUUUUGUAAUUCUGCAUAUCAUACGAACAUUAUUAAAUUAAAAACCACCACAUCAUCUCCAUUCAUCGUUUACUGAUAUGUAAAUUCAAUAAACUAAAUCCCACAAUUAUUCUGUGUAAAAUAUAUUUUAUUAUAUGUUGUCUUCAAAUUUAUCACAAUUCAUCAUGUAGACACUACAAUAAAUAUACAAUUUUUAAUUAUUCGUGCAUAUAAAUAAAAUUAUGUUCGUGUAAUGACCAUAAUUCACAACACAUGUUUUUAUCCUUAUAUUUUACUAUAAUUUAAUCUAGGUGCAUUUUCAAGUCAAAAAUACAUUUAUUAUUAAAGUUAAAUUAUUUUUGCUAUUUCAAUCAUUUUUGAAAACAUUAGUAUAAAUUGCGUGUAAUAUUAUUAAUAAUUAAGAGUGCAAUUAAUUUAUUUUUAGAUUCUGAGUGAAGCGAGGGAUCUAUUGGUUUUACUAUGAUAAGUAUUAUUUUUUUUCUGUCUGCAAAUAACUUUUUUUUUUAGGAAUCCUACUCUAAUUAAAACAUUACAAGAAAACUUUUUUGUUGCAUUUUGGUUUUAGUUAGUUCUUUACAAUGGUCAUUUUUUGAAAUUCUCUUUAAUAUUUAAGACAAUGAGAAAAAAUUGGUUCUUUAGGUUAAAAAAAAUUAAAAAUGAGAUUGUCGUUGCAACUGUUUUUAUUAAUUUUUAUUAUUUUAAGAUUUUAAUCUUUUUUAAACAAUCAUUGUUGUGAAAACGUAAAUUGUUGAAAAAUCAAUGCUAUUGACCGAGAUCCGCUGAGAAUCGUAUUUCGUGAUUUAUCGUUGCGUACAGAUAUAAAUUAAAUUACUCCCCUCUUAUAUCCUACUUUCUUCCGAACAUCCCACUUACAACAGUGGCCGCACCCGUCCCCAGAAUCGGCUCAUUUUUCGUAAAAUUAAAUUUUGUGCUGACUCUUUUUGAUCUUUGAACUUCAUCCCAGCCAAGAAGACUGUAAUUUUAACCUUUAUUAUAAUUAGUAUUACUCAAUAAACUUGUUAUAAACGAAUAUUUUUAUUAUUGUUAUUGUUAUUAAUAUACGUGAUUAAUAAAAUGCACCAUGCACUAAUAGGUAUCAAAUUCACGUUCCUAUCCGGGAUGCUGUAGAAAAACUUCCUUCAAAAAAGGAUCCAUUGAUAGCAAAAUAUAGACUGGCGUCCGGAAGUAAUUUUUGAAAAUACUUACUGAUGUGUUUUUAUGUACUUUUGUAUUCUUAUUUUAACUAUUCUAAAUUUUCUAGGUUCUAAUGUUUUUUGUCAUCUCGACACUACACAAUACCAUAAAAAUCAAAUUCCUCAAAAAUUGGAACAAAUAGUUUUAUCUUCGUGUACACACGUGUUAUUUAAUUCUGUAGAUACAAAUUUCGACGCUAUUGCCAACAACUGGUAUUCUAGUCAAUCGAAUGGUACGAAAAUAAGAAUUUGUAGGUUAUGUUUAUUGAUAAGUGUCUAUAAUAAAAUUGUUAAUUUGUUUAGGUACUUUUGCUUCAAUCAUACGUUUAAAAAAAAAGGAUCCUUCGAUAAAAGUAUUGCUAUCAGUAAAUUCAAUUUCACCCGAAAGUGUCUCGAUUUCAAGGAGAGAUUUUAUCCUUUCCGUCUCCGACGUAUUGAAAACCAAUGGAUUUGAUGGAUUGGUUUUAUCCGAUAUCUUACCUAAAACCGAUAGUAAAAUAUUUGAACACGAAUUAUUAUUUAAUGAUUUAUUGCUAUUAUAAUAAAGUAUAUUUUUAGACGAAUUUGGCGAAGACGAUAACACAAAAGAGGAGUUCCCGUUAUUGAUAGAAGAACUGGCCAGCGUUCUAAAAACAAGGGGAUGGUUGUUAUCACUAAUCGUACCACCACUGGAUCAAACUUCUCGGAAUUAUGACAUCAAACGAAUUAUUUCAAAUUUAGAUUUUAUCAUUCUCAAAAGCUUUGAUUUCCGUCAUGACAAUGAAAAGAUUAUUAGCCAUCACGCUCCACUUUAUAGUGCAGUAGAAAGAGAUCCGUCGUCCAAGUAUCGAAAUGUGGUAAAUAUCUGAUGUUAUAAAAUAUUUAUUAUCUUUAUCAAUUAAACCUAAUACUGAAAAUACAUUUUCAAGGAUCAUAUGGUAAAGCAUUGGUUACACAAAGGUGCUGAACCUAGUCAAAUAAUAGUUGGUGUAGCUCUGUUCGGAAGAAGUUUCAAGUUAGCUGACCCAAAAGAUUUCCAACCAGGUUCUCGAACAAUAGGUGACGGAUAUGCUGGCAAAUGGACAAAAACAUCUGGAUUCUUAUCAUACUAUGAAAUAUGUGACCGUACCAAACAAGAUGAUUGGAGACAGUAUUCGGACAAAUCCGGUUCGCCGUUUAUUGUUAGAAAAGAUCAAUGGAUUAGUUAUGAAAAUCACCAUAGCCUCACAAAAAAAGUAAACUAAAUAAAAUAUUUGAAAUUAUAUUUGUACAAUCAAAUAUUUAUAUUUUAGCUUGGGUACAUGGAAAAAUUAGCAUUGGGUGGUGUUAUGGUAUGGUCACUAGAUUCAGACGAUUUUAAUGGUCUUUGUGGUACCCCUUGGCCGCUUGUUAACACAGUGAAAACAUACGUCAGUAACGGUAAGAUUUAAUGCUUUGACUUCAACAUGUUCAUUUAUAAUAAUAUUUUAUAUAAUAAUCUAAAUUUGUUUUUUUUUUUUUUUAAUUAAAUUCCAAAGUCAAUAAAAAAUAUUUGUCGGCAAACGAUCAAAAAGAAGCGUCAAUAAAAGCUGGUAAUAUUUUACUUAAUUCUACAGUUCAACUUUAAUCUCUAAUAAAUAAUUUCUUUGUAGAUCUUAACAAAAAAGUAGUAUGCUAUUUCGCCAGUUGGUCGUGGUAUCGGUACGCAGAAGGCAAAUUUGCACCAGAGUAUAUAGAUCGAAGUUUGUGUACACAUGUGGUUUAUGCAUUUGCAUCAUUAGACCCUAAUGAUUUAAAAAUAACAUCGGGAAAUGAAUGGGAAGAUUUUGAAAACAGUAAGAAUUGCAUACAAAACAAAUUAAGUACAAUUUGAAAUAUAAAAAAUAUAUGUAUAUUAAACUUAUAGGAUUCUACGAACGAUUGGUGUCCAAUUCAAAAUCUGGAGAUAUUAAAGUAAUGAUUUCUAUGGGUGGUUGGACAGACUCUGCUGGUGACAAAUAUUCAAAACUCAUUAGCAGUGGUACUACUAGAAGAAAGUAAAAUUAAUAGAAUAUCAAAACGAACAAGUUUACAAUAAGUGUUUUAAUUUUAGUUUUAUAAACUCCGUUGUUGCAUUUUUGAGAAAAUAUAACUUUAACGGUCUUCAUCUGGACUGGAACUAUCCAGUGUGUUGGCAAGCUGAUUGUACUCAAGGUCCACUUUCAGAUAAAACUAAUUUUGUUAAAUUAAUACAAGUAUGGUGUUAUUUACAUAACACGAUAAUAAAAUGUAUUUGUAGGCAACUAAUUUUUACAUUUUAGGAAUUGAAAUAUGAAUUCAAUAAACAAGAUCCACCGUUCGAAUUAUCAGCCGCUAUAUCUGGCUACGAAGAAAUUAUCGAAGAAGCUUACGACUUUCCCAGUCUAAGUGAAUACUUAGAUUUUAUGUCGAUAAUGACAUAUGAUUAUCAUGGCUCUUGGGAAAAUACCACUGGCCACGUAAGCCCAGCUUACUACAAAGACGGUGACGAAUUUCCUAAAUACAAUAUGGUAAAUGAAAUAAAAAUCAGUAAUAUCUGGUUAUUUUGAAUACUAUAUGUUUCUAUAAACUUAGGAUUCCACUAUUAAAUUAAUACGAAAACUGGGUGCAGAUCCGGCAAAAAUAGUAGUGGGUGUUCCGUUUUAUGGCCAAACGUAUACACUAUUAUCAAAUUCAGAGCACGGGCUGGGUGAUCCUGCUAAAGGAUCAGGACAUCCUGGUGAAUAUACCCAACAACCCGGAAUGUUGGCGUACUAUGAAAUUUGUAACAAAGGUAUAAACAAAUAUUAACAUUUAGUUUCCUAAAAAUAUUUACAUAUAGGUACUUUUUUUAAUUUAUAUUUUAGUUUCUAAUGAAAAAUGGCAAGUUUCAAGGGAUAAAAACAGUGGAUUUGACCCAUAUGCUUAUAAUGGAAAUCAAUGGGUUAGUUAUGACGACGAAAUAUCUAUUAAGCUGAAGGUAAAUAAAUAUACAAUAUACAUUGGUUUUAGAAAAAAAAAAUAAUAAUAGUUAUUAGAGGUGUAACUGAUUUUUUUUUAGUCUGAGUACAUAGUUAAAGAAGAACUCGGGGGAGCAAUGGUUUGGACGAUUGAUUUGGAUGACUUUAACAAUAUAUGUUGUAGAGGAUCAUAUCCAUUACUAUCUAAAGUGAAUGAAGUGUUCAAAAGAAUUCCAAUUAAAUCACCGAAUUCAAAAUGUAAUAAACCAGAUUAUUCAACAACUCCAGCUUAUCAAUUUCCUUCAACUACUGAAGGUCAAGGUUUGUAUUUUACAUUUAAAAUAUUUAUACUGUAUAAGCCUAAUCAUUUUAUUUAAUAAAUUCAUGCUAUUGAUAAAUGGCAUUCCCACACAAAAUAUUAAAAUAAUACCAUAGAUAUUAUAUAUACAAUAAUUUUACUACACAAAUACUUUGAAAUGUGGUAUAAAUAAAAAAAAUGUGAAUUUUUGGCAAAUAACCAAUAUCAGAAAGUAAUACGUAGACGUGAAAAAGUAUUUUGUAAAUAUUAUUAAAUUUUGGGUUUAAUUACAUAAAGUUAUAUAUAUAUAUAUAUAUAUAUAUAUAUUUAUAUAAAAACAAAAUAAAAAAUGUAAAAUUUAUUAAUCGUAAAAUUAAUCGUAAUUUUUUUUUAUUACAAACUAAUUAUAUUAAUAAAUCGAAGAUUACAUCAGUUUAAAAGUAGGAAUAUAUAAUAACUUAAUUGAAUAAAUGCAUAAGCAACGUACAUAUAUACUAUAUACCUAAAUCAAAAUAACGUCUAAUAAAAGUAAAAUUGUUUUUGUUUUUUUUAUUUUGGUUCAUAGAUUAUCCUUGGUUUUAUGAUUUUAUAAUUUUACGGUAAUACAUACCAAUAAAUAAUUUUAAUAAAUGUGUAAAAUAUAAUAUUAUAUCUUAUUCACCAAUAUACAAGUUCCCAUACAUGAAUUUGAACUUCAGGUAAUUGGGAAGAACCGUCUUCAUCGACAAUUUUAUCAACAACGCAACCCACCAGACCAACGACAGUACCAGCUACACGGCCUACACGGCCAACAACAGAAUUUAUGACCAAACCCCAAACUCGACCUACAACUACAACUACUACUAGUACAACAACUAAAACUCCUCCGAAUAUUGUAACUACAACCACAAUUGGAUCAAAUGUUGAACUAUUCGGUGAAAACGAACAGACCACUCAUCGGCCCCCAGUGAACCGUCCUUGGUGGUCUGAGUACCAUACCCAAAGACCAGAACAGCAACAGUCGUGUAAACCAGGAUCAUAUCAAGCUUCGAAGGAGAGUUGUCAAAAUUAUUAUAUAUGUAAAAAUGGACGAUAUAGAAAAUAUUCAUGUAAAAUGGGAUCCCAAUGGAAUAGAUAUGCUAACAAAUGUGAUUCUCCGAGAAAUGCCAACUGCAAUGAACCCUGUAAGUUUUUCAUUUUAUAUUAAUGAAUUAUAAAUUAUUACAAAAUUAAAAACUAUAGUUAAAAUAAUAUAUAGCCAAUGCUCAAAUUAUCGAAACGACUACAACUACAACUGCAACAGAAAUGCCUGUAACUACUCCAAAACCUACAACAGUAAGACCAGUCACUACAUGGCGACCAACAACAACAGUAAGACAAAUUUAGUUAAUAAAAAAAUUUAACUAGUAAAAUGUUCACUAAUAUAUUUUUUUAGACGAAAAGGUAUAGGAAUUGCGUUGAAGGCCAAUAUGUUGCGGCAAUUGGGGACUGUACUUCAUAUUUUGUGUGCACUUAUGGUUAUUACAUAAGACACUUUUGUGCAUCUGGAUUGGCUUGGAACGAUCAAAAGAAAAUAUGUGAUUGGAAACAUAACGUAUAUUGCAACUUCGGACGUUCGAAUAGUAUAUACACGUAUACCAGUGAGUAAAACCAAAUACCAUUUGAAUAAUUCCAUAGAGAAAAUUAAUACAUUUAAAUAAACUAUAGACAUUUUGGUCAAGUCUUCAGUUGAAUGCCAAGAAGGUCAAUUUGCACCUUAUCCGGGAGAUUGUAACAAAUACUUACAAUGUUUAUGGGGAAAAUUUAAGGUUAAUUCAUGUCCCGCUGGUCUAUAUUGGAACAAAGUAAGAUUUGAAUGAAAUAAGUACCAGGUAUAAUUUAAUAAUUUGAUCAUGAAUACAGAAACUCAGGCUUUGUGACUGGCCAUUAAAUUCUGGAUGUGUAGCGUCUCAAGAAAUUAACACUUAUCCAACCGAAGAGCCACAAAUACCAUCAUUCCCGAAUCUACCAACCACUGCUGAAUCAACUACGAAGCCAACAACUCCAAAACCAUGGAAACCUACUACUACUACCACUACUAUUACUACUACUACCUCGAAACCUACAACAGAAGAAAACUCAUGGGCGGUCAACCCUACAACUGAAAGACCUACCACAGAAGAUCCGUGGGCUUGGAAACCUACAACUACAACUGCCGCAACGCUCCCCACGACACAAUCCAAUUAUCAUUUAACAGGUAACUUAAGAUUAAAUUAUAAUAUGUGAUAUAUAUUAUAUCCUGUCUUGUAAAGUAUUCGAAUAAAAGUAUUUUAAUACUUUUUUUUAUUUGAAUACUAUUGUAAAUACAUUAAAAAAAUAUAUAUUCGAAUACGUAUUCUGAAUAUUUUUUUUUUAGUAUUUGUAUUGUAUAUUUAAAUACUUAAUUCGGAAAAAAAAUUGUUUGUGUUAAUAAAUUAUAAUCCUGGCUAUUUGUCAUUAAAAAUAUAAAAUGUAGUAUUAGCACGAAAAACCUGAUAAAUCGUGAUAGUGAUUUGUUAUUGCUAGUGUAGAUAAUAUUCCAAUUAUCAGUAUUCGGAGAAAAUUUUGAAUUAUUUGUCUAAAAGUCCAACAAAGAAUUUAACUUUUUUGGAUUAUAAUCCUCUUAAAAAAAAAAAGUUUUUUAAAAUACAACAUGUCUUUACCAAGUAGUGCUCCAAUAUAACGUAUAUUUGUGAGUACAGUUAUAACCAAAAAACGAGGGAAAAUGACUGAUGCAAAUUUUGAAAAAGUAAUGAUGAUUAAAGGUAAAUGAUUUUUAAGUUACUUUAUUAGCGUAUAAUUAUUAUUUAAAAUAUAAUAAAGAAAAGAAUUAUAAAUUAUUGUACCUAUAACUUUAAAAUGUAAAAAAAAAUAUAUUAAAAAAAUUAAAAAAUAGCAUUCUUAAAUUAUUCGAAUAAUUUUUCGAGUAUUCCAGAAUGUAUUAUAAAUUUAUUUAUUGAAAAUUAUUCGAAUACGUAUAACGAAUACAAAAUAAAAGUAUUUUUUACAAGACUGAUUAUAUUUUAUAUCAUAUGAUAUAUGUUAAUGUGUUACGAUUUUUAUUUGGUUUUUUUAGGACAGUACAAAGUUGUCUGUUAUUUCACUAACUGGGCAUGGUAUCGACCUUCACCUGGCAAAUUUUUCCCGGAAGACACAGAUCCAAAUUUGUGUACUCAUGUAGUUUACGGUUUUGCGACUUUAGAUUAUACAGACUUGGUAAUUAGGGUAUUCGACUCAUGGGCAGAUAUAGAUAAUGGUAUGUGUAUAUUUUUAAUUAAUAAAAAAUAAAAAUAAAAAACUAGGUAAUAUAAAUUACGUUGUUCAGGUUUCUAUGAACGUGUAGUAGCACUUACACGUAGAGGUGUUAAGGUGUCUAUUGGAUUAGGUGGAUGGAAUGAUUCGGCUGGUGAUAAAUACAGUCGUUUGGUUAAUAAUCGUUCAAGUCGCAAAAAGUUUAUUAACAACUUAUUGAGCUUUAUGCAAAAAUACGGUUUUGAAGGUCUUGAUGUAGAUUGGGAAUAUCCCAAGUGCUGGCAGGUAAUAUAUUUAAUUUAAAUAAAAUUUAAUUCUGUGGAAAAUCUAUAAUGUUCAUAAACCAAAAACUAUAGACCAACUGUAAUCAAGGACCGGAUUCCGAUAAAAAUGCAUUCUCGAAUUUCUUGAUUGAGCUGAAACAAGCAUUUAAACCGUAUGGUUAUUUGUUAUCAGCUGCCGUUUCUCCCAGUAAAGUUGUAAUCGAUUCAGGUAAAUACAUUUAUAAACUUAAUAGUUUUUUAAUGAAUCACAUUUAAUAGAAAAUUGUAUUAGGUUAUGACGUGCCCGUAUUAAAUCAGUACUUAGAUUGGAUCGGCGUGAUGGCAUAUGAUUACCAUGGUCAAUGGGAUAAGAAAACUGGUCAUGUUGCACCUAUUUAUCAUCAUCCUGAAGACGAUAUUGAGUAUUUCAACUUGGUACAUAAAAUAUUUGACCAGUUAUUAACGUACAUAAUUAUAAUAAAUAAUAAUAUAAUAUUAAUGGAUACUUUUUAAAGAACUACACUGUCAACUAUUGGAUAGAAAAAGGCGCAAACAGUCGAAAAAUUGUACUUGGCUUACCACUUUAUGGUCAAUCAUUUACUCUGUCUAAUCCUAAAAUACAUGGACUGAACGCACCGUCGUCUGGUGCGGGAAAAGCUGGGCCAUUUACUCGAUCUGCUGGAUUUAUGGCUUAUUAUGAGGUAAACAGCUCUUCUAAAGACAAAACUUAAAUUUUGUAUUGAAUUAUUUUUUUUACAUAGAUUUGUCGAGAACUUGCCACUGAAAAAUGGACUAUUGUGCAAGAUACACAAAACAGAAUGGGCCCGUACGCAUAUAAAGAUAACCAAUGGGUUGGAUUCGAUGAUGUCAAAGCCAUAAAACAAAAGGUAGGUGAAACUAUCUAGUUUGAAAGUAUAUAUUUUAAUUGUAUUAUACAUUCUAGGCAGAGUACGUGAAAUCAAUGAACUUAGGAGGUGCAAUGGUAUGGGCUUUAGAUUUGGAUGAUUACCGGAACGAAUGUGGUCAAGGAAACUAUCCUCUACUCAGUACUGUCAUGAAAACGUUAGGGCAGAAACACGGUAAGAACAAACGUGAAUAUUUUAAAAUACACAAUUCUAAUAAUUUUCACAACAUACUAUUGUAAUGAAAAAAACUUGUGAAAACUUGUUAUCAGGUUAUCCUAAUACAACUCCAAUUUCAUCAAAUAAUAAACCGACUACAUUAAUAACUACUUCAUCGUCACCUUACUACAAUGUUUCGACAACCGAAAUGUCUACGAUGACAAUGUUACCAACGAGACCAACAAAACCUUCGCACACGAGACCGACGACGACGACACCUAUGAUUACAACGACUACCACUGCGACGUCAACAACGAUAAGACCAGUUUUCUCGGAAUACUUUAAAGUGGUAUGCUAUUUCACCAAUUGGGCAUGGUACAGGUUUGUAGUUUGAAUUCAAAUAAUAAUUUAUAUAUAUAUAUAAUAUGUACACCUGGUAUUUAUCAGAUUACACAAUUGUAAUGUUAUUCAGUUAUUUUAUUUUGUCAUUUUUAGACAUAGCGGCGGAAAAUAUUUACCCAGCGAUAUUGACCCUUCAUUAUGUACUCAUAUCAUUUAUGGAUUUGCAGUGUUAGACAAUGAUCACUUAACUAUAAAGGCACAUGACACGUGGGCGGAUUUCGACAACUGUAUGUUGAAAUAAAAAUUGUUGUAAAAUAAUAAAAAAUUGCCGUUAAUACCUACACCUUCCUUAUUGUGUUUGUAGUUUUUUAUCGAAAAGUGACGGCACUCAAGAAAUUUGGUGUUAAGGUAUUGUUGGCAAUCGGUGGUUGGAACGAUUCAGCUGGUAGUAAAUAUAGUGAGUUAGUCAAUAACCCAUUGGCCAGAAAAAAAUUUGUGGAGCACGUUGUGAUUUAUCUGAAAGAAAACGAGUUUGAUGGACUUGAUUUCGACUGGGAGUAUCCAAAGUGCUGGCAGGUAAUUAAUCAGAUAAUGAUACCGACUAUUGGUGAUUGUCAGGCGGGUAAAUUAACGUGUAACGAAAUGAUUUUUGAACAGGUGGACUGCAAGCGUGGCCCGCAGAGUGACAAAGAAGGUUUUUCAAACUUAUUAUUGGAAUUACGGAAGGCAUUCGACAAAGAAAAGUUCCUACUAUCGGCAGCCGUAUCGCCCAACAAAGUUGUUAUAGACGCUGGUAUGUAAACAAAUAGUAAACAUGCAAAAUUUGUAUUAAACUAAAAUCUUUAUUUUAAUAAAAUUCUUUCAUAUUAACUUGUUUCUUAAUUAGGUUACGAUGUACCUUUACUUUCCAAAACAUUGGAUUGGAUAUCUGUAAUGGCGUACGACUACCACGGACAAUGGGACAAAAUAACCGGGCACGUAGCGCCUAUGUAUUCUCACCCCGAUGACUUUGACAUGACUUAUAAUGCAGUAAUUGUUUUUUUUUCAUUUAUCAUUUUAUAUUAUUAUACACCUAAUAUAGUAGGCAUUAUGUAUCCAUAUCCGUCAUAUAAUUAUAAAACAUUGCUUUCAGAACUUCACUUUAUACUAUUGGGUGAGUAAAGGCGCUGACCCACGGAAACUCAUAAUGGGUAUGCCCAUGUAUGGCCAAUCGUUUUCGUUGUCUUCUAGUAAGAACAACGAUUUGAACGCGCCGUCGUACGGUGGCGGAGAAGCAGGAGAAGCCACUCGGUCCAGAGGAUUUCUGUCGUAUUAUGAAGUAUGUGCACCUUAAAAUAUAUUUUAGUGUCGCUUUUCAACGUAUUUGUCACAUUAUUAUCCGUCAUUGUAUGUAUUUAUAGAUCUGCAAUAAAGUGUUGAAUCGGGAUUGGCAAUUGAUCCAAGACCCAUUGGGUCGGAUGGGCCCAUACGCCUACAAAGGUAACCAAUGGGUGUCGUUCGACGACCAAGACAUGAUCAGAUUUAAAUCAGAAUUUGUCGUGCGCAAUGACCUCGGUGGCGCAAUGAUAUGGGCGCUGGAUUUGGAUGAUUUUAAGUGAGUUGAAUGCGCAUAGUUCCCCCAUAUAUUGUUAUACUAUAAUAUACCUAGUUAGUAAGUACGCAGUUUUGCAAUACAUUUUGAAAUGUCCGGCAUGGUACCGAUUUAUUUAGGAACGUAUGUGGAUGCGAAACGUAUCCACUACUGAAAACAAUCAACAGAGUACUUGGGAGGUUACCGGGUCCUGGUCCGGACUGUUAUUUAGACCAAGAGAGAAAUGAUCUAGACGGUGUCGUAAUAGAUAACAGUGACGUGGAAUACACCAAGGAAGACGGCCGAACGGAACAGUGUACCGAACCGCUGUUGAAAGGGCACUCGACAGAUUGUAACAAAUACGUCAUUUGCGAAUUUGGGACGUUGCUCGAACAGACAUGUCCGUCCGAAUUAUAUUUCAAUAAGGUAAGAGGAGAUAUAAAACUAUAACUCAUAAUUAAGACCGUGGAGUGAUAUGGGGAAUAAUCAAGACAGGACACACUUCGGAUCAUGCAUAGGUGGAGGUAAAGGAUAUAGGGUAACGGUAACAUUAAAAAUAAACACAAAAAAAAACGUUUCUGUGUAGAUAUAUCUUUACUGAGGGACUUGAAUAUGAAAAACAAUUUUUUUUAAUCAGCUCAAAAUUCAAACUCUCUUAUAUAAAUUUAAAACUUAGUGUUUUCGUUAUCAAUAUUUCUUUUAAUACGUCCUUCCGGAAAAGAGUCUUUAUCAACAAAAAUCUCCUCCCCAACUAAAAUUUUCGAGAACUUUUUUUAAUCCCACCCACUUUAAAUGCAGACCAUCGAUCUGACGCAAUUUAUUAUUUUCAGGUAAACAUGUUAUGUGAUUGGCCCGAUAAUGUCAACUGUACUGAAAAGAAACGGUCACAAAGGCAACUAUUACUUCAUUGAUGUGGAUUUUUUAAGUGUACAGGUACAAGACGGUGGCAUUUAUUAGUUUGACGUGAUCGUUUAUAACAUUUUUUGAUAAAUUGUGAUGAUCAUUGUGCAGACCUAUCUAUAGAUCCUCCAAGUCCAUUCAUAUUUUUCCCAAUCGUUGACGUAGGUAUAUCAUAACACUAAUUAUCAACGUGUAAUGUACGAGUAAUGUAUGUUAUUCUUAGUUGUUCAAUUUUUAUAGAUAAUCGAAAUCAUUGUAAAUAUUUUUAGUUUUAAUCACGAUUUAUUCAUAUUGAAACGUGGUUUUAAUUACUAUUUGUAAAUUGUUAUACGAAGAAAUAUGUCAAUUAACUAUUUAUUAUAAUCAAAAUUAAUAUUUAUAACAUAUAAGUAUCUAUUACUACAAAAUUUAAAGAAAAACUUUUACGAAUAUAACAAUUAUUAUUAUUUUUUUUUAUAAAAAUUGAUAAUGUAAUAAGUAUUAUUGUCUGUAUUGUCUUUCGAGUUCUUGACUGAUUAUUAGAUUUAUCCUUUUGGUAAACGUAC